UUACAACAUGGAACAUACAUGUAAAUUGUACAGUACUCUACAUGACAAGAAGUGGAGAGAGAGUAACACCAGAAAGCAAAAAAGUUUGAAGAAACCCAAAUUCAAAGAGAAAGUGAUUAUGUGUUUAAUGUGUUUGUUGGGAGAUGUGUCAGUAGCAUCAAGAAGACGAACUACAAUAAGAAGCCGUAUUAAAUGUUGUCUUUUGAAUCACUCAAGAAGAAAACAACAACACAGCAGAUGUUUUCAUUAUACUCCACACCAAAUUCCAUUCAAGUCCAUUACGAUGGUCUCUUUUAGUUUUCUCAGAUUGAUUCUAUUACUCUGCCUCGUCUCUUCUUCCUUCUCCUACUCCACCGCUUCUCCUUCUAAUUCUACUACUGCCGAUCAAACUCUCCGGCCACAAGACGAGCUCCAAAAGCUGAAACUGAUCAGAAAAGAGCUCCAGAAGAUCAACAAGCCAGCCAGCUCAGAUGGAGAUACAAUAGAUUGUGUUUCGACUCAUCAGCAACCAGCUUUCGAUCAUCCUCUUCUCAAUGGACAAAGACCAAUCGAUCCGCCUGAGAUGCCCAAAGGAUAUAACAAAGAUGAUGAAUCGGAUGAAGAUUAUCAGCUGUGGAGUUUAUCCGGCGAGUCUUGCCCGGAAGGUACAAUUCCGAUUAGAAGAACAACGGAACAAGAUAUGCUAAGAGCAAGUUCUGUCCGGAGAUUUGGUCGGAAAAUCAGGCGCGUGAGGAGAGAUUCCACAAGUAACGGACACGAACAUGCGGUAGGAUAUGUAACCGGGAGACAAUACUAUGGAGCAAAGGCGAGUAUAAACGUGUGGUCACCACGUGUCACUAGCCAAUACGAAUUCAGUCUUUCACAGAUUUGGGUUAUCGCCGGUUCGUUCACACACGAUCUUAAUACCAUCGAAGCCGGUUGGCAAAUUAGCCCGGAGCUGUACGGAGAUACUUACCCAAGAUUCUUCACCUAUUGGACGUCCGAUGCAUACCGAACAACGGGUUGCUACAAUCUGUUGUGUUCCGGUUUUGUUCAAACCAAUAGAAGAAUCGCAAUCGGAGCUGCGAUUUCUCCUAGAUCUUCCUAUAAAGGUGGACAAUUCGAUAUAAGCUUAUUGAUCUGGAAGGAUCCGAAGCACGGUCACUGGUGGCUUCAAUUCGGGUCGGGUACAUUAGUCGGGUAUUGGCCGGCGUUUCUAUUCACACAUCUAAGGCAACAUGGGAGCAUGGUUCAAUUUGGCGGCGAGAUUGUGAACACCCGACCCGGUGGUUCACACACUUCGACCCAAAUGGGAAGUGGCCAUUUCUCCGGUGAAGGGUUUGGUAAAGCAUCUUAUUUCCGGAAUCUCCAAAUGGUUGAUUGGGACAAUACUCUUAUUCCCGUUUCGAAUCUAAAGAUUCUCGCUGAUCAUCCCAAUUGUUAUGAUAUUAGAGGUGGGACGAAUCGUGUUUGGGGUAACUAUUUUUAUUAUGGAGGUCCAGGAAAAAACCCUAGAUGUCCAUGAAGAAGAAUCAAGAAACGUUAUUAUUAUUCUUGCAUGUAGCAAACGAAUUUUGGGAUUUAAGUGAGGGACAAAAAAUUAGGAAUUUACAAGUAUCUUUGCUGCUAGGUCAUGUAGCUUGUAUCAAUAUAUCAUCACGAGCGAACAUAAUGCUUUUUAGUUACAAAAAUGGUAAGUAUGAAGUUUGGUAGUGUUAUACUUUUAUUUCUUUGUUAUUUUUUUUAAAGGAAUGUGUGUGAUGGCGUUACGGAUUUUGUAAUGUUUAUAUUGAUUAGUCAUUAGUGUUAUUACCAACGUGUAAAUGUUGACUAUUCGUGCGUAC